AGAAGAGUGUCGGCCCAUUGGUCUGGGUUGGUCUCCAAGUCCAUAAAGAGUUAGGCAGGAUAGUGCUGAGCCAUCACUGGACAGCAUUAAAACAACCAUCUGUCCAGGGCUGCCGUUACAGCCACCCACCGCAGCCCUCCUCUCUGCCACUGCAGUCCCACGUUCUGUACCACUACUGCCCUGUUGGCCGGAUUAACUCAUAGAACGGUGAAAAGACCAAAGAGACAUCAUGUCUGAGAAAAAGAUGUCAUCGAGCCGCAAGCAUCAUCUGAAGAGCCUGAUGCUCCAGAUCGCCCAGGAACUGAUAGCGGAAGAGGAAGCCCAGUCUUUAGAGGACAGGAAGCAGUACAUGAAUGAAAAUAUCACUCCUCUGCAGCUCACAGGAUCCAUUGCAGAACUCCAGGACCUGUGUAAGAAGAUGCAUCAGAAGAUUGAUGUGAUAGAUGAGGAGAGAUACGACCUGGGCAGCAAAGUUGGCAAAAGUGACAAAGAGAUUGAGGAUCUGCAGAUUAAAGUACAGGACCUGAAGGGUAAGUUCAAGAAGCCCGUCCUGAAGAAAGUCCGCAUGUCUGCUGAUGCUAUGCUCCAGGCUCUGCUGGGCUCCAAACACAAGGUGUCCAUGGAUCUGAGGGCCAACCUGAAACAAGUCAAGAAGGAGGUCAAGGAAGAGGACAAAGAAUCUGUGGGAGACUGGCGUAAGAACAUCGAAGACAAAUCAGACAGAAAGAAGAUGUUUGAGACUGCUAAGGAGUAGAUGUUCCUGGAGUUCCAGACAGGAAGAUGUUUGAGACUCAUAAGGAGUAGAUGUUCCUGGAGUUCCAGACAGGAAGAUGUUUGAGACUCAUAAGGAGUAGAUGUUCCUGGAGUUCCAGACAGGAAGAUGUUUGAGACUCAUAAGGAGUAGAUGUUCCUGGAGUUCCAGACAGGAAGAUGUUUGAGACAGCUUGAACAACCUUCUGCCUUUGGUUACGAAGUUAUCCAGUUAUGACUCGUUUGUUUUGUUUGUUUGUUUUUCGUCUCUGGCUAAAUUGAUCUAAGAGGUAGUUCCAUCUCUCUAGGACUGUUGUAAACAGAUGUUAAUGAAUCUUAUGAUAUUUAAGAGGUAGUUCCAUCUCUCUAGGACUGUUGUAAACAGGUGUUAAUGAAUUGUUAUGAUAUCUAAGAGGUAGUUCCAUCUCUCUAGGACUGUUGUAAACAGGUGUUAAUGAAUUGUUAUGAUAUCUAAGAGGUAGUUCCAUCUCUCUAGGACUGUUGUAAACAGGUGUUAAUGAAUUGUUAUGAUAUCUAAGAGGUAGUUCCAUCUCUCUAGGACUGUUGUAAACAGGUGUUAAUGAAUUGUUAUGAUAUCUAAGAGGUAGUUCCAUCUCUCUAGGACUGUUGUAAACAGGUGUUAAUGAAUUGUUAUGAUAUCUAAGAGGUAGUUCCAUCUCUCUAGGACUGUUGUAAACAGGUGUUAAUGAAUUGUUAUGAUAUCUAAGAGGUAGUUCCAUCUCUCUAGGACUGUUGUAAACAGAUGUUAAUGAAUCUUAUGAUAUCUAAGAGGUAGUUCCAUCUCUCUAGGACUGUUGUGAACAGGUGUUACUGAAUUGUUAUGAUAUCUAAGAGGUAGUUCCAUCUCUCUAGGACUGCUGUGACAGGUGUUAAUGUGUGUAAUCAAAACAAUCUGUAGUUCUGUUAAGUAAUUUUGUUCCAAUUCAAUUUCUGAAAAUAAAUGAUUUGCUGGAAAAAAACCACGAUUUA